UUGGCUAACUCUUGAAGCUCGCGAAUCACCCCCAACCACACACAAACACACACUUACACACACACACUUACGUUUAUGCAUGCUCUCAUUCUCUUUUAGUCAUUCGCUCCUUUUCAUUUCAAAAAGCCUCUUGUGAGGCAGAUUGACAGGCCAGAAUGAAAAUGAGGUGGACGCUCUCUCACGGCUUCAGUGCGUACGCGUCCUUUUGAGAAGACCUCUAAACUUGGAUCUUAUCACCAUGGGAGCAAUUUGGGCUGCAAGGGACUUGUGUUUGUUUUUGCUCUUGUUAAAUAGUCGCCAAAGCGCUGCGCUUCCAGAGAUUCGAGAUUCAUGCGCAGAGGGAAGUGAUAGCUGUCAUAUUGAUGCUAUUUGUCAGACUUCCCAAGCUUCAUAUAAGUGCACGUGUAAAGCAGGCUUUAAAGGAGAUGGAAAACACUGCGAAGAUAUUGACGAAUGCGAUCUGGACUUUAAUGGUGGUUGCGUUCACGAGUGCAACAACAUACCAGGCAACUAUCGGUGCACUUGUUAUGAUGGAUUCAAUUUGGCCCAUGAUGGACACAACUGUCUGGAUGUGGAUGAAUGCAAGUUCAACAAUGGUGGGUGCCAGCACACAUGUGUCAACACCAUGGGCAGCUAUGAGUGUCGGUGCAAAGAGGGCUUUUUCCUCAGCGACAACCAGCACACGUGCAUCCAUCGUUCAGUGGAGGGCCUCAACUGUAUGAAUAAGGAGCAUGGCUGCGCCCACAUCUGCAAGGAAACACCCAAAGGGGGCGUGGCCUGCGAGUGUCGUCCCGGGUUUGUACUGGCCAAGAACCAGCGUGGCUGCACCUUAACUUGUAACCACGGCAACGGAGGCUGCCAGCACACCUGUGAGGACACGGAGGACGGCCCCAUAUGCAGGUGUCACGCCAGGUACACUCUGCAACCUGACAAGAAGUCAUGUGUAGAGAGAAACGAGGCCACCACCGAGUCCUCAGAUCACAACGCCACGUCUUUCACAGAGGCGGACAAACGCGUCAAAAGGAGACUGCUGAUGGAGACGUGUGCAGUGAACAAUGGAGGCUGUGACAGCACCUGUAAGGACACAUCCACAGGUGUUCGGUGCAGCUGCCCGGUGGGCUUCACGCUGCAGCCGGAUGGUAAAGCAUGCAAAGACAUUGAUGAGUGCGAGCACCACAACGGGGGCUGUGAACAUUUCUGCAGAAACACGAUUGGCAGCUUUGAGUGCAGCUGCAGAAAAGGCUUCAAGCUGCUAUCAGACGAACGUUCCUGUCAAGAUAUAGAUGAGUGUUUCUUUGAGCGCACAUGUGAUCACACAUGUGUGAACUCCCCUGGUGGUUUUCAGUGUCUGUGCAACAAAGGCUACACCAUGUAUGGACUGGCCCACUGUGGAGACAUAAACGAGUGCAGUGCGAACAAUGGUGGUUGCGCACAGGGUUGUGAAAACACUCUGGGUGGAUUUGAGUGCUCCUGCCAUCCUGGUUAUAAACUUCACUGGAACAAAAAAGACUGCGUUGAGGCUGAGGGUUUACCACCUGCAAACCCCCCCUCUAAACCUACCUUGAACUGUAGCAAGCUGCCAGGAGGGGAUCGCUGCUUUUUGACCUGCAAGUCUCAAGUUCACUUCAGCAGCGGGACAGAGGAUUCCUACACGGUGACCUGUGGAAGGCCCCUGCCCUGCUUGGCUGACAGACAAAAGGACAGCAAUGGCUUGUAUUGCUUAGGUCCAGGAAAACACAGUGUUUCCCGGAUUAAAACCACUGCCACCUUCAAGUCUGGCACUGCAAAGUGCAACCUGAAAAGAAGUCCGGAAAAGCUCUGGGAGAACGUGAACUCUGCACGUUCAGACAGUAGGUUUCUCUUCACCGAAAACGUGCAGUUCAGCUACGUGAGCCUGCGCUGCACUUCGUCCGGACGGCGAACCCGCAGCCGCAACAGCAGGAAGGCCGGCGAGGACGACGGCUCCUCCAUCACAGCUGAGUUUGAGCUGGAUGUGAACCUUGAGGAGGUAACAGCAGAGAGUUGUGACCUGAACUGCGUGCGUCGACGCUCAGAGAAGAGGCUGAAGAAGACCAUCAGGACCCUGAGGAAGUCCAUCAACCGGGAGCAGUUCCACCUACAUUUUGCAGGGGCUGACUAUGAGCUUUCCAAGAAUUUAGGCCAAUCAGCAGAACUGCAAGGACACUGUGGGGCCGGGCAGGUGCUGGUGGGAAGGAAAUGUGUGAGCUGUGGUGCGGGGACAUAUUAUGACAGUGAUCAGAGGCGAUGCAUUCUGUGUCAAGCUGGGACGUUUCAGGACGAGGAGGGACAGAUGUCUUGUGAGCAAUGUCCUGCACCUGAAGGACGAGAGGCGUCUGGCGUGGUCGGAGCGCGAAACCUGUCAGAGUGUGGAGGUCAGUGCUCCCCUGGUCAGUACUCCCAUGACGGCUUCACCCCCUGCCUGCUGUGCCCACUGGGAACGUACCAACCUGAAGUGGGACGCACCUCCUGCUUCUCCUGUGGGGGCAACCUUGUCACCAAGCACAGUGGUGCUGUCACAUUUCAGGAGUGUGAGACCAAAGUCCAGUGUUCUCCAGGACAUUACUACAACACCAGCACGCACCGCUGCAUUCGCUGUCCCGUCGGCACAUAUCAAGUAGAGUUUGGCCAGAACUACUGCAGCACCUGCCCAGGAAACACCACAACAGACUUUGAUGGCUCCACUAACAUCAUGCAGUGCAAAAACCGACAGUGUGGAGGAGAGCUUGGGGAGUUUACAGGCUACAUCGAGUCACCCAACUACCCAGGAAAUUACCCAGCCAAUAUCGAGUGCACUUGGACCAUCAACCCGCCCCCCAAGCGAAGAAUACUUAUUGUUGUACCUGAAAUCUACCUACCCAUUGAAGAUGAAUGCGGGGACUACUUAGUAAUGAGGAAAAGCUCUCUGUCCAACUCUGUGACGACUUAUGAGACAUGUCAGACAUACGAACGGCCCAUUGCCUUCACCUCCCGCUCCAAAAGGCUGUGGAUACAGUUCAAGUCCAAUGAGGGAAACAGCGGAAGAGGAUUCCAGGUCCCUUACGUGACAUAUGACGAAGACUACCAGGAAUUGAUUGAAGACAUUGUUCGGGACGGACGGCUUUAUGCAUCGGAGAAUCACCAGGAAAUUCUGAAGGAUAAGAAGCUCAUGAAGGCAUUGUUUGACGUGCUGGCUCACCCACAAAACUUUUUCAACUAUACGGCGCAAGAAUCAAGAGAAAUGUUCCCAAAAUCCUUCAUCCGCUUCCUGCGUUCCAAAGUCCUGACAUUCCUUCGCCCAUAAAUGCUGCACCAGGAUUUUCAAGGGACUGUCACACAGAUUGGUUGGAUGUCAUGUCGACGAAUAUGAAAAACAAAUCAAAGCAAAUCCCUUAAGUAAAAUUAAAAAAGCUAUUGAAACGUCAGCGCAGGACUGAAGUACAUACCUUAAUUUCAGGAGUGCUGAAUACAUGCUGACAGAAUGGGACUUUAAUCUAUUGCACCACAAGGAGAGACAAACUUGGUGGGCGAACAGACAUAUAUUGAAUGUCAAUGGUACUGUACAUAGAUUGUAUAUCUAGUUUUAACAGCCUUAUUUUACUGGAUUUGAUGCAUUUAUGACAGAAGUACUGCAAAAUGUAAGAAACUAAUACAGCACAACUGUUUUCUUGGGAACACUAGCACUGAAAAGAGGUAGUCUCGCCACAAAAGCAUUUAUUUUGAUGACUGUAUUGUAUAUGAUGUAAAAAAAGUGUUGAGAGUUUUAGCUACAGAUGUUGAUGACCCAUGUGUUUGGUUUUCCAAGGUGUCUGGAUAAACGUAAUGGUUCUAUAAACCCCUAAGCUUUUCCAGCUAUUAUCUGCUUUCACGUCAGUCAAAGAUGCUUCUGUAGACACCCUGAGAUACUAAAGCAUGUCAUGUCUGUUUCUAUGAAAAGUCCUGUAAAAUGCUGCUGAGCUACUGACCCAUCUUAGAUGCGAUGUGUAUGUAUAUUUUAUGGUUUUGUACAUCUAAUAAAAUUGUAAAUAAAGA